UUAUGAGAAGGGCUUACAGCUGGAGAAAGAAAGGCCUAAACCACAGUGGUUGGAGGAUGUUGAAACUGAUCUUAGUCUCCCAACAAAAGUGAGAUAGAUAAGAGUUGCAGAGAAGUGGUCUGAUUGGAGAAUUAUUGAAUAGUCAACUUGAAUUACCCUGCUGAAUUGAAACAUCCAUUUGAUGGGCAU